AUGUCAAUAUCACACUUCUCUCCUAUCACUUCCUUCCUCUUCUUCCUCUCCGUCUUCGCCACAGUCACAACCGCCAUCUACUCUCCGGUCAACCUACUUAACCCCCGCCAACAACAAGUCAGUCAGUCCACUUGUGACGAAUACUCCCGAAUCGCCAACUUCUCCAUUGUCGGCGCCAACUCUACCUACCGAUCCGCGUACCUUCAAGCUUCGCCCCAAGGCACUGACCCAGCCCGUGAGCCCCUCGACGACGCGAUUGCCCAGCUACCCAGUUUUCAAUUUGAUACCGAGAUUAAUGAUGAGUGUGGGAAUUUGACGGAGGUGGCCAUUGAGGGCGCCGCGGCAAACUUUACACAGGGGACGGUAUUGCAGUUCAGCGUCAACUCUGCGGUGCAGAUAGGAGCAAGUGCAAUGGGAAUGGCAAUGAUUAUGGCGGUAGUUGUCGUCACGGUCAUUGAUGUCAUAUAG